CUGUGCUCAGAUUUUAGCCUAGCUAGCUCAACUCACAGUCACACGCACAGCAAUACGCUAAUACGACGCACAACCACCAGCACCAGCGAGCACAAUGGAGCAACCGAGCAACGCACAGGACGGGCUCAGCCUGGAGCUCACCCUGGCCGCCGACGUGGGUGUGGCGCCGGUGGAGCCCGGCUUCUUCCUCUGCGUCUACUGCAACCGCAGGUUCCGCACCUCGCAGGCGCUUGGCGGCCACCAGAAUGCGCACAAGCAAGAGCGCGAAGUGGCUAAGCGCCGCCGGGACGCCGCUGCCGCCAUGCGCCCCUCCCCCGCCUGGAAGGCUGCUGCUCGAAUGCCCGAGGAGCCUGCUGCUGGUGGCAUGGCGCACAAGCACGGCAGCAGCUGCCGGGAGAGCAACCCCGAGCUGGACUUGUCUCUCCGGCUGUAACAGGUCGGCCGAAUGAUCUCUGCUAAAAUCCUUGCUCCACACCCCUUAUUUCCAGUGCUACUUUGCGUGAACCCUUUGUUUCAAGCUCCUGUUGGGCAUACUAUCAAAAACAAAAUACUCCUACCUCAUGCUGGGCAUGCAUUGAGUUCAUCGGCUCUUCUACUUGAUUUUUUUAAUUCUUGGAACCAAAUCUCUAGACAUUCCAUUUCUCCGGCCAGUUUGUAUAUAUGGUUGUGAGGCUACUUAUAUUGUAAAAAAAAAUCAACAUUUAUAUAAGGCUAAACGUUUCCUUACCCGUUAGGAAUCUAGACACAGAAUAUAAAGUUGUUGUUUUUUUGCGAGUGAGAAUAUAAAGUUGUUGUUGGUCAA